AUGGACUGCGUAGAAGCCUGCCCGCCGCAUCAUCGACGCCCGUCCCAACUCGCGCAUCGUCCGCCAACGUCUGUCGUCGGAGACAGCAACGGCAUCAGCGGUGGUGUUGGCUCCAGCGGCUCCAGCAACGUUCGUCGCGCGUGCGCCGCCGUGUCUGCCGCGCGCUCGACGGAGCGCAUCCAUUCAGCUUUUCCUACGUACGCGGAGUCGCCGCAGCAACAUCAGCCAUCGACAACAACGGCGACAUCUACCCCUGCAACCACUGCGGCGCGCGCGUCGCCGUUUGCGGUAGAGAAGCACUACCAGGGCUGUCCAGACGCCGGCGCGGCGAUCACCGUGCCCCCAGAGCAGCAGCAGAGCCAGUACCUGAAGCGCCUCUCCCCCAGCACCUGCAGCGGUAGCGCGUCGAACCUGACCCUUUUGAUUCACUCCAACACCAACACCAGCGUCACGUCAGCGGCGACGGACAGCUCGGGGCAGUCUACCCCCCUCUCCGGGGUCUCCUCCCAUCAGCAACAGGCGCAGCGAGCCCGCGCGCAACGCGUCGUCGACGAGGCAAACCACCUUUACUCGAAUCCCUGCUCUUCCCUGCGACCGUCGCUGGACUCUCGCUCGAGCAGCCGCGCCCGCGACAAAGAGGACGACGAAGUCGCUACCGACGACGACCAGCCGCCGCUGCAGCAGCAGCAGCAGCACCGUCGCCACAGCGACGAUCUCUUGCAGCGGCACCGCGUCAGAUGUAGCGUGCCAUCCAGCAAGCGUCCAAGACAGCCUCUGCGGGAUCCGUCGUCACCACCGCUCCCACCUCAGCAGCAGCAGCAGCAGCAGCAGCAGCAAGAAGACGUGGAGGACGAGGAGGAGCGAACACAUCCGCAUCGUCGCUGCGGCGCCACCAUGCAUAUCCCCGACCCCUCCACGUUUGUAGACCCCUCCUCUUCCUCGCGGCACAGGCCGACGACGACGACGGCAACGGCGAGCACGCACAAGGAUGUCACCGACCCGAGAGGCCAUAGCAAUGGCCGCAACAGCCACCCCAUGAACCAGCCUCACCAGUGCCGUGGCGGCAGCAGUAGCACGAACGGCGACGGCAAUCGCGCGCGCAAGCUCGACGAUGUCGAGUACGAAGAUCAAGAGGUGUGGCGCGCCGUACACCCGCCGCUGCAUCUUCGGCGGCAUGGAGGGGAACGGGACGGGGACAACGACGACCCCCAAGCCGUCACUGCUGCCAUGAUAAUCGCCCCCGGCGGUGGCGCCGCCGUCACAUCCAUGUGCUCUGCCUGCCUCUCCGCGCCAGACGCCACGCCGGUGGUGCCGCCGCCGAAGCGGUUUGCCACCGGAGAGGGUGAGGCAGUGGCGCUCGACGAGCUUCGCUACGCCUCCAGCUCCACCACCGCGGCCGCCGCCUCCGCGAUCCUCGAGGAUGAUGAGGACGACGAGGGCGAGCGCGCGUCGCCGUCGCGUAACGUCACCACUGACGAGAGCCACGAAACUGAAGCACCGUCCGUUGCGCGACGCGCAACGCAGCAGCAGCAGCAGCAGCAGCAGCAGCAGCGCGACGGUCGCACUCGAAAGGCGCGUGUCGCGGGUACGACCAGAGGCAAUUGCGUUAACAGCAGCAGCAGCAGCAGCAGCAGUGGUGGUGUGUUGGCCAGUCGGCGGCACGCCAACGACAGCAUCACGGCUAGCAUCCCGUACGACCCGUCCCGCUUCCCUCUGCCGUCCCAGCCGCCGAAUCUGGCGGCCCCUGCCACGGCAGCCGUAGCAGCGGCAGCCCCCAGGACCGCGUCCGAGCACGCGUCUGAUGGCCCGCGGAUAAGCACGAGCCAGCCUAGCUGCGCCACUCCGCCAGACGCGCAGCAGCAGCAGGGCCCGCAGGCAGCGGGUGCCAUGGGCAGCGCCGCGCUCGCACCGGCACGCCCGCCAAUCAAGCUGAUCGACACUCGCUACGCCUUUCUUGCUCUCUCCUUCAUGAUGCGCAUGCUGUGCAAGCUGCACAAGGGCGAGCCGAUCCCGUCGAGCGACUUCCACUCGCACUGCAUACCGCCGAUGACGGUGAUCAUGUACGUGCAGCGGCUGGUGCGGUACUGCGCGUGCAGCGGCGAGGCGCUCCUCUGCUCCUUCUUACUGCUGCUGAAGUACGUCUUUCACAGCGGGCACCCUGUUACCAUCUAUAACGCACACCGGCUACUCAUCACCAGCAUCGUGCUCGGCAUCAAGCUGCGCGACGACGUGUACUACAGCAACGUCUAUUACGGCCGCAUCGGCGGCAUCAGCGGACGCGAAAUGAAUAAGCUAGAGCUGCUUUUCCUCGAGAAGCUGGAGUGGGAGACGCAGGUGCAUGUGGACGAGUACGUGGCGCUGCUCGAUCUGCUCGCGGAGCUCGGCAUUGACGCGGAGCCGACCAACGCGCAGCUCGAAGCCUUUGCGGCGGCGCACCCGGACGAAGCCGCCGCGUACGUGUCGGACGAGGAGGAUAGCGAAAUCGCCGAGGCAAGCGCGAAGCUGCAGCAGCAGGGCGCCGACUCAGCCGCCGGCUCCUCCAUGAAGGACGCUGCCGCAAGUCCCACCCCCCUGCCCGCGGCGGAGCAGCAGCGCCUGAAGGGGCUCCGUGGCGCCUAUCGGUUGCAUCAGUGGCACACGCUCGUGGUGCCGUGGCUGGCGCGCCUGGAGCGCUGCGUGUUUGCCAAGGCGGAGGCGAAUGCCGCCGCCGCCGCCGCCGCCCGGAAGGAGGAAGGUCUGCGCUGGCAGCAGUACCACCGCGAGGAUGAGAAGGCCGCAGCGCUGCGGCAUCAACGGCAGUCCUCUGCAAGUACGUGGCUAUCACCCUUGUCCGUGCAGAAGCGUGCAACGAGCAGUGCCACCACUGCCGCGGCCGCUGCUGCCACUGCGGGGGCUGCCUGGGCCUCCGAGCCCCCGUACCAGGCCUCUUGGCCCCACCGCGACAGCAGCAAUGUGCCGCACCGUAGCUCGAGCGGCGCGAUGGUGAUGGGCGGUGGCGGCACCCAUGCCACUGCCACUAGCAGCAGCGGCGGGAACAGCGGCUUCGACAAUGUGCGCUGCAACAACUUUGUGAACUUCGCGAGCAACGUUAACGGGGGCUACUUUGGCACCCUCUCCGCCUCCGCGUCUGCCUCAGCGGCGGCAGCAGCGGCGCCCACGGCGGUGAACCAAGGCAACCGUCCCGCCAGCUCUGGCCAAAGCAAGAGCCACAGCGGCAGCGCGACAUUCGACAGGUCUGCAUCGCCGUCCUCGUCGGGUCAGUGCCUGAGUCAGCAGAAGCCUCUCGUCUCUAUCCUCGUGCCGUCCGCAUACUACCACCAGGGCACCGACGUCGCUCGCACGUCGAUACAAGUGCGGCACCACACCGCAGCCUCCGCCUCCGAUCACUUCGAUAUCACGAACCGCGUAGCAGCGCCCGUGGCGGCGGUGUCGACCUUGGCGGAUGCUGGUGCGGAGCUCCACCAGCACACUGCAUCGACACAGCAACAGCAACUGCCGUCUGUGGCUGGCACGACCGCGCAGCUCACGUCACCGUCGUCGUCCACCACCACCCACGGAAGCGGCAUCAACGUCAACGCCCAGCCGUACUACUAUGUUAGCAGCCGGAUGCGCAAACAGCAGCAGCAAGCGGCAGCAGUGUCGCCGGCCUCGGUCGACCCAUCGGCUACCCGCCCGGGUAGCGACUUGUCAGUCGCUGGUACGACGUCGACGAUGACGCAAGCAACCGCGGUAGGCACUGAUGACGCUGUGGCGGCCGCGCAGCGUGCGCCGUUGUCUACCCUCGAAGGCGACAGCGGUGCACGCUCACCAGGCUCGUCGUUCACGAGCCCGGCGUGCGUCAACUCGCUGGCGCGCUUCAGCACGUGCGCAAAGACGUCGACGGACAAUGUGGCAGGUCAUCCGUUCCAGCCGAGCGGCUGCCGCAGUGGCAUCGAGACUGUCGUGUCGGCGAUGAAGAUGUCCGGCAUUUACGGCGGCAGCGGCGGCGGCAUCAGCACCAACAGUGCGAGCGGCAGUAGCGCGUAUCCCCACACCUUUCCAACGCGGCCCAUUGCCAGGUCAGGUGCGGACGGCGGCAGUGGCGGCGAGCAGGCGACUUCGGCGCACGUGCCACGGCGGUCUCCGCACGCGGAUCACCAGGCGCCGGUGCACCGCCGCUCCACCUUCGCGUCGCAGCACUCACUCGGCAAGAAGCGCUCAAAGCCUGACAGCUACAAGGACUACUAA